AUGGAAGACGGCUACUAUUCUAGUCAGCACACUGCUGACAUACAUUUCGUUUACGGGUUUUGCAACGGGAACGCUAAUGCUGCUGUUCGAGAGUACGCAAGGAGGUUUCCUAACAGACCCAUUCCGAAUUCUCGCACAUUCAUAAGAAUUCAUGCACGGCUCGCUGAGAACGGCAUAAGAAGACCCGCGGAUGAACGUGUUCGACUUGUGGCACCCCAGGACGAAGAAGAGAUCUUAAGAUUAGUCACACAGGACCCGAGACUGAGCAUUAGAAGAAUAGCGAACAGGAUGAAUUUAUGCAAGUGGACAGUCUGGAGAGUAUUAAAAAGAGAAGGAUUACACCCUUACCAUUUCAGACGAGUACAAGACAUUAUUGGACCAGAUUACGCUGCAAGAUCAGUUUUUUGUUCCUGGAUAACAAGAAGAGCACGAAUAGAUCAAACGUUUUUGAAACGUAUUAUGUGGACCGACGAGGCCACUUUCACGCGAUUGGGAUACGUAAACCACCGCAAUGAGCAUCUGUGGCAGUUGGAGAAUCCUCAUGCUGUGAGACCAAGUUCGUUCCAGCACCAAUUCUCAGUAAAUGUUUGGGCGGGAAUCAUUGACGAUAUUUUAGUUGGGCCAAUUAUUCUACCUGGGACAAUGAAUGGCCCACGAUUUUUAGAAUUUCUCCAAACACAGUUCCAUGACGCAUUAAUGGAGCUGCCAGUAGCAUACAGGAGGAGGAUGAUUUUGCAGCUGGAUGGUGCUCCUCCACAUUUUGCAAGAGAUGUGCGAAAUUAUUUGAAUGAGCAUUAUGUCCCGUGGGUUGGACGUGACGGACAUGUCGCUUGGCCGCCUCGAUCACCGGACUUAACUCCACUCGAUUAUUUUCUAUGGGGCACCUUGAAACAAAGAGUGUACGUUGACAUACCGGGCACAAGGGAAGAUUUAGUGCAAAGAAUAAUUGAACAUGGAAACAUGUUAAGAGAAGAUAAGGAGAUGAUUCGGCGGUAUACGCAGCAUAUUGCGAUAAGAGCAACUGCUUGUCUACAAAAUCGAGGGGGCUAUUUUGAGCAGUUACUCAACUAG